AUGAGUUACUUUCCUCACGCUGUUAAGAGUGCCGUUGCUGACGCUUCGUUGGUAUUCAAUCAUACAUGUUUACGUAUUAAAGAUCCACAAAGAUCAAUCAAGUUUUAUACCGAAUGUUUUGGUAUGAAAUUGAUCAAAAAAAUGGAUGUCCCCAUGGGUAAAUUCACCAAUUAUUUCCUUGCCUUCCAAGAAGGUUCUGUCUUUGACAGAGCAGGUGUCCUAGAAUUGACCCACAAUUGGGUUACUGAAACUGAUCCUGGUUAUAAGAUUAAUAACGGUAAUGAAGAGCCACACAGGGGGUUCGGUCACAUUGCAUUCGCUAUUGAUAACAUUGAAGACGCUUGUGCUAAAUUGGAAAGUUUAAAUGUCAAUUUCAAGAAGAGAUUGGUCGACGGUAAGAUGAAAGAUAUCGCCUUCGCAUUGGAUCCUGAUAAUUACUGGAUUGAAAUCAUUUCUUCCAAUAAGAAUAAAGAUUAUAAAUUUAAUCACACUAUGUUAAGAGUUAAAGAUGCUACAAAGUCCCUUGAAUUCUACCAAAAUGUACUUGGUAUGAAACUGAUCCAAAAAACCGUUCAUGAAAACGGUAAAUUCACUCUAUAUUUCCUUGGUUAUCAAGAUCCAAAAUCGGUCGAUCACAAGAACAAUCAAGAAGGUUUAUUAGAAUUAACUCACAACUGGGGUACUGAAUCAGAUGAAAGUUUCCAUUAUCAUAACGGUAAUGAACAACCUCAAGGUUACGGCCACAUCUGCGUCUCAACAAAGGACCCUGAAGCUCUUUGUAAUGACAUCGAUUCUGUUUAUAAAGACAAGGUUACUUGGGGUGUUAAAUGGAAUCAAGGUAAAAUGAAGAAUCUCGCCUUCAUUAAGGAUCCAGAUAAUUAUUCCAUUGAAAUUUUGCCUCACAGUAUGGCACUUUGA